AUGUCCGGCGAACGACCUACAGGCCUCAAGGCUAACAAGGGCAUCGAGCUCCUUACCUGGGGUACACCCAAUGGCGUCAAAGCUUCUAUCAUCUUGGAGGAGCUGAAGGAGGCAUACGGAAAGGACUACACAUGGCAGGGAAUCAACAUUAGUCAGAACAUCCAGAAGGAACCCUGGUUCACCAAGCUUGGUCCAAACGGUCGCAUUCCGGUCAUCGUAGACCACGACCAGGGCGGCUUCGCCGUGCAGGAGGGCCUUGCCAUCCUCACCUACCUCACCCGCCACUACGACCCCGACCAUAAAUUUAGCUUCAGCGAUCCAUUGGACGCAUCACGCGCGGAACAAUGGAUGGCCUGGCAGCACGGCGGUCUUGGUCCCAUGCAAGGCCAAGCCAACCACUUCAACAGAUUUGCGCCAGAGCGCAUCGCGUACGGCAUGCAACGAUACACGGGCGAGACCGAGCGCUUGGUGGGCAUCCUGGAUAACCACCUCAAAGACACCGAUUACUUGGUCGGAAACAAGUACAGCAUUGCGGACAUUGCCUCUUUUGGCUGGGUGAAUGCUUUGAGGUUCUCUGGUGUUGAGAUUAGCGAUUUCCCCAAUGUGGAGGCGUGGUGGAAGCGCAUCUCGGAACGCCCGGCGGUGCAGAAGGGACUGGCAGUUCCGGCGAAGGGACCGUUCGGGAACGACGCGUACCUGCAGCGGCUCAAGGACGACAAGGAGUUCGCAGACAAGGAACAGACGUUGAAGGAUCAGGUCGCUGCAGCAAAGAAGCAGUAUGGGUACAAGUAUUCUUCUCCAUAG